UGUGCUACUCACCCCACAAAAUCGUGUAAUAUAAUAUGACAAAUGUAAGAGCAACUUUGAGUAAUCAAUCAACCAGUAGGCAGCCAUGAGCAGCGGCAGCGGCAGCUGGUGGUGGAAGAGCGAUGGGCUUCGCCGGACAAUUCUCGAACUGGGUUUAGGGCAGUUUGUUUCUUUCUCCUUGGCAAUGGUUGCCUUCACCGCUUCUUUAGCUUCCGCUCAAGUGGAUGCGCCGAUUUCUCUAUCGUUUUCGACAUACUUGUUUCUAGCUGUUGUGUACGGAAGUGUUAUGCUGUACCGCCGCCAGAAAUUGCUGGUUCCUUGGUAUUGGUAUCUUCUCCUAGGCUUUGUCGAUGUCCAUGGCAAUUACCUUGUAAAUAAAGCGUACCAGUUCACGUCGAUUACGAGUGUGGCGAUUCUUGAUUGUUGGACAAUAGGAUGGUCGAUCAUACUUACACGGAUUUUCUUGGGCACAAAGUAUUCCCUUUGGCAGUUUUUCGGGGCAGCUGUCUGUGUGUUAGGCCUCGGUUUGGUCCUUCUUUCUGAUUCCGGUGUCGGUGGUGGAGGUGGUUCGAAUCCUCUUUUGGGCGAUUUUCUCGUCAUUGCAGGCUCGCUUUUUUACGCAAUGAGCAAUGUUGGUGAGGAAUUUUGUGUCAAGAGGAAAAAUCUUACGGAAGUAAUAGCAAUGAUUGGUCUGUUUGGAAUGCUCGUCAGUGCGCCCGAAAUUAUUGUGCUGGAGCGGAAGACCCUCGUCUCUGCAAAGUGGUCUACUGGACUCAUAUCUAGCUAUGCUGGUUAUGCGGUGGCAGGCUUUAUGUUCUAUACACUUGCUCCUUUUUCUCUCAAGAUGAGUGGAGCAACAAUGUUUAAUCUUUCACUUCUAACAUCUGAUAUGUGGGCAGUUGCAAUUAGAACAUUCAUCUAUGACCAGAAGGUAUUAAUGUUUUUAAUUAGGGUAAAUAGCACUUAACCCCCUGUUGUUACAAGCUUUUGCAGAGGACUC